AUGCAUCACCCCGCCCACCCUCCCAAACCAUGGCAGCCAGCCUCCUCCCCUGCUUGGCCCGACAGCCAGCCUCCUCCCCUGCUUGGCCCGGCCUGGCUUGGCUGCCAGCCUCCUCCCCUGCUUGGCCCGGCCUGGCUUGGCUGCCAGCCUCCUCCCAUGCUCAGCCCGGCCUGGCUUGGCUGCCAGCCUCCUCCCAUGCUCAGCCCGGCCUGGCCCGACAGCCAGCCUCCUCCCUUGCUCGGCCCGGCCUGGCCCAGCUGCCAGCCUCCUCCCCUGCACGGCCUGGCCUGGCCCAACAGCCAGCCUCCUCCCCUGCUCGACCCGGCCUGGCCCAGCUGUCAGCCUCCUCCCCUGCUCGGCCCGGCCUGGCCUGACAGCCAGCCUCCUCCCCUGCUUGGCCCGGCCUGGCGCGACAGCCAGCCUCCUCCCCUGCUCGUCCAGCCUGGCCCGACAGCCAGCCUCCUCCCCUGCUCGUCCAGCCUGGCCCGACAGCCAGCCUCCUCCCCUGCUCGUCUGGCCUGGCCCGACAGCCAGCUUCCUCCCCUGCUCGGCCCUGCCCCUGGGACCAUUGGCGGGCCGAUCACGAGUGAGGAGGUGCUGCUUUUCCUGUGUAAGCAGCGUUCGAGUAAGCUGAGUAAAUCAGCACAAUCAUUAGUAGUAACGUUAAAUCAGGACUCAUCCCAGAGGCCGAGUUUCCCUUGGAUGUGGAGGAAUCCAGCUGCUUAUGAGUUUGAGCUGCAUACUUGGAAAUCCCCUUCUAGUGGCGAAGUAAAGUCACCGAUUGUUGAAAGUCAUGGUCUCAAAUCGCAUUCCGCAUCGCACGGAGAUCAGCUGGAGAGUGAAUCCACCACAAGAUUUACAGUAAUUUCCUCUGUCUCAGAGCUGUUUAAUCUGAUCGCUAUGCUUCAGACGCAGAAGCUGCUCUUCAUUCUCCUCACCGUGACAGCUAAAGUUACUGCUGAAGAAGCAAUGAUUCAAGAGAAAACUUAUCCAAUCACUCAUAUUGGAAAUGAAUGUAGAAUUAAGACCAAAAACAUCUCUUCUGGCUGCUCAUUUGGAUGGCAGGAAGAAAAAGAAUGGAAUGUGGAUAACAGACCCAUUGCUAUUUUGGAAAAAGGCAAACCAUUAAAUUGUAUUGAGCCUUGUAUAAAUCUAUGGUAUCAUGAGAUAUGGCUUAAUUGCACUGCAAUAAAAUAUACACUGGUAAAAUAUACAUACAGAUGCACAAAAGACAAUCAGGUGGAUGAGUUCAGCUUGCACUUUAAAGCAGAUAUGCAGGAGCGGGUAUCUUCCUUUCCAAACCUGACAGCAGUCACUCCAGAGUCCCAACCACCAAAAUUAAAAGUGGAGAAUCAUAUGCAUAUAGGUAUUGGCAUUUCUAUUGUGAUUGUAGUUCUAGUCAUGCUUUUGAUCUACUUUAAAGGCAAUGUAAGAGAAAGCAGCUGAAACAGAUAUGAGUUGAUCUUAUGAAUGAAGCAAACUCAACUGGCAGAAAAAAAGCUUGGACAUAUUUGAAUAAUUGUAUAAAUGGAUUUGGUUUUUACUAAAUGUUAGAUAUCUUGGCCCAGAUCUUCAUUCCCUGGAGAAUUGUAUCCCGAAGAUACACUGCGGAACCCUACAGAGGUCCGCACACACUAGCUACAUGGGAAUUGCCCGGGAAGUUUCAAUUUCUGCUGGGCAAUUACCCUGCAAAUGGAAUCCUCCAAAACUCUAAUUUAAUGUCGGUUCCGACUCACUUGCCAGAAUAGUUACCCUGGAAAAGUUAGAAGGAUUAAAACCAGUUCUAACUCCUGGGUGACUAUACUACAGACUUUUUUUCCCUCACCACCCUGACACCAAGCCCCAACCCACCCACCCUACCCCCUCAUCCACUUAUCUUA